GGCGCCAAUAGUCAUCUACUACGUGAGGAUCGAGCUUCUCAUUAGGAAGGUCACUGCGCUUACGGCUUGACGUUCAAAGUAUGUACAGGAACAUUGAGGAUUUGAUUAUGACAACUGCGGCAGUUUGUUGAUCAUCGUUUUACAACGUGCAUUAUUUUAUAAAGAUGGACAGUGUCUCCAAAUGUCUGGUGACUAAGCUGGUUGUGGCCGUCCUUUCUGGCAUCAUGUUUCAUGUCGGACUAAAUGUUACACAGACGUUCCCUUCCGAUAUCACCAAGCCAUUUGAAGAGAAGAUCGGAUGCCGAGUUCAUCAAGGUAAUGAGUCUAUCUUGGAACAAGACUUCAUUUACCGUAGAGAUUUGAUUGAGCCUGAUUCGCAAAGACUGUCUUCUGGAGGUUUCAUCCAUAUUUACGAAGUUACCAAACAGUAUGACUCCUUGCAGGGCCUAUACAUCGAUGGACACUACCAUGCUAACAGACAUCCACAAAGGAAAACGCUAUUGCAAGGGCCUUACUUUGAUUAUAUCCGAGAUAACACAACAUGUCAUCAAUUAUUUUUAGCUGAUAAAGAAAUGGCUUCAAGCUGUAGGGUACCUGAAGAGGGCGCCCCAUCAGUUGAUGGGAAAGAGGAAAUGGACAAUGAUACAGAACUGGAGGCGGAGGAGACGCCGAAAUGUAUCAAGAGAGUUCAUAUAUUUUCGGGUAUGGAACACACGUUGACGUUUCCAGAAAUGAACCACUUUCGAAGAUUUCUACAAACGAGCUCCAAGACUGAUUACGAGUCUGACAUCGACUGCGUGGCCGAAGGUUAUGAUUGUGAUAUAGUCCUUACCCUCGGGGAUAGGCUACACUCAAUAAGAGGAAAAGAUGCUGUGAUCUUUGGGAUGGUCCCUACAAUAUGGAAAGGACAUGACAUGCUUCAUAUGAUUUCAGAUAUAACUCCUGAUCCUUCACAAACUUGGAUCUACUUCAGUACGGAGUCUCCUUACAGAGCGUCUCGUUGGGCUCAGCCUUUUGACAUUGCUUCUUUAAAAUACCACAUUCUGAUGACCUACAACAGAGAAGCCGAUAUUCCUAUUCCAUUUGGGUACUACAGAGAGUUUGACAACACCACUGCCACGACGGAUGACACGGUCAUGUCUGAUGCCUUCUUUGGGAACAGGACAGGACUUCUUUCCUGGGUGGCAACCAACUGUAAAGAAGUGUAUUGGCCGAGGGUGCCCUUCAUCCAGAAAAUCCUCGAAGAAAUACCCCUGGAUGAUUACGGCGCGUGUGGACACAAGCAGUGCCUCCCGAGGAGGUCGGAAGCAUGCAACAGGCUCUUCGCCAGUUACAAGUUCUUCCUGGCCAUUCCCAACUCUGAAUGCCGCGACUACAUCACCGAAAAGUUCUGGAUGAUAUCUCUCCUGUACGGUGCAGUGCCACUGGUCCUAGGUGCCCCGAAGAAGGAUUACGAGCAGGUGGCACCACCAAAUUCCUUUGUCCAUAUUGGUGAUUUUGAGGACGUCAAGGGCCUUGCGGAGUUCCUCCAGAAAGUUGACCGUGACGAGACCUUGUACAGGAAAUUCCACGACUGGAGACGUCGGGGUGAGGUAGUCAACACCUACCCCUUGCGUCCAGGAGAUCUGUGUAGGACAAUCCCUCAUAUUCAUCCUCGAGAGGAGGGCGAUAUUAAGUACCUUCGGGACUCCGUCUGGUUCACGUCUUGCAGAACACCCUUGAACAACCUUACCGUAAAUCAAGAUUACACCGAAAUGGGAUAUUGGACCCCAUGGAAAUAAUCAAUUAUUAUUUGAUUGGGGGCAUAUGGCUGUUCUUGAGGAACGUAUAUCAAAUACUUCAAAUUGCAAGGAUGUUUUUUAAAUCUUAGUUUAAUGUACUUUUGUCAUUAUAUACAUUUUUAUGAUUUUACUAU